AUGCCACCGGUCGAAGUUCGCGUAAUUGCCUUCGAAGUCAACGCCGAAGAGUCUGACUUCGGAUUCGGUGACCGAUCAGGCGACCCCUACGACCCCAGGAGUUUCAUAAAUUGCGGCAAGCGACCCAACCUGACGAGAUUGUUGGGUAAAGAGCUGAGAGAGAUUGCCAUGCAGGAGAGUCGGGUCGACGCGGGCGGGUGA